GUAGGCUUGAGAAUGAGAAUACAUGGUAGAAACAUUUGCUUUGUAAAUUGUCAUUUUUCUGCACAUAUGGAAGCUGUGAGCAGACGGAAUGAAGACUUUGACCAUGUCUUUAGAUCAAUGACAUUUUCUUCUCCUUCAAAUGGAUUAUUGACAACAUCAGUUUCUGGUUCUGCUGCUCAGCUUCUUCGAGGAACAAAUGGAUCAAGACUGCCUGAGUUGUCAGAUACUGACUUGAUCGUGUUUCUUGGUGACUUCAAUUACCGGCUUUAUAACAUUUCUUUCGAUGAGGCAAUGGGCUUGGUUUCCCGGCGAUGCUUUGACUGGUUGAGAGAGAAUGAUCAGCUGCGAGCAGAAAUGAAAUCUGGGAGAGUCUUCCAGGGAUUACGUGAAGGAGAAUUUAAGUUCCCCCCUACUUAUAAAUUUGAGAAGCACAUAGCAGGCUUAUCUGGUUAUGAUAAUAGUGAGAAAAGGCGCAUUCCAGCCUGGUGUGACAGAGUUCUAUAUCGAGACAGCCGAACUAGUUCACAGAUUGAGUGUUCUUUGGAAUGUCCUGUAGUCUGUUCGAUAUCACUGUAAGUAGUUCGUUGUUUGCUUAUCUUAUAUAAUGCUUUUAAUUAAUUUGCAAUGGCUGUUAUUCCAUUUUUUUAGGUACGACUCUUGUAUGGAAGCAACAGACAGUGAUCAUAAACCUGUCAAAUGUGUGUUCAAUUUAGAUAUUGCUCAUGUGGACAAACAAACAAUGAGGCAGAAGUAUGGAGAAAUAAUGGGUUCAAAUAAGGAAGUGCUUGACUCACUUCAGGGCUUGGAGGCUUUGCCUGAAGUAGAUAUCAGCACGAAUGACAUCAUUCUGCAAGAUCAAAACCCUUUUGUUGUGAAACUGCACAACAGAAGUACAAAAGAGUUGGCUUGUUUUGAGAUCAUUGGUCAGACACCAAAGUCAUCUGGCACACCUUUCUCAGGUUUCCCUUCUUGGCUGAAGGUUUCUCCGGCAGUCGGUAUAAUUUCUCCCAGACAAUCUGUUGAAGUGACGUUGCAACAUGGACAAAUACGAAGUCAAGAUUAUCUUACUGGGACUUCAGGGGACAGUUCUGGAGCUGCGCAAGAGAAGGUUGCAACGCUAUUGGUUACAGUAACCAGAGUGGACUCGACAGCUGGGAGACGGCACAAAAUACAAGUACAGCACCGGUGCCGCAGGGAGACGUAUUCGUCAAGAGGUUAUAACUUGGCGGAUCGAUUCUUUGCUUGAACCAGAGAAUUCAGAAGUGCUGGGCCAACGAUGUUGAUGUCCCAGUGUGCAUAGAGAUUUGCAUGUUGUAGAACAAAAAUCCUGUGAUGAGAGUGGCAUAAAAACGCGGAUUUGGAGAGUUCAAAUUUAUUAAUAGUGUCGGAAAGAGC